GUCAAAGUGAAGGUAAAGUAUAAAUUUGGAAUGUUAUUUUAUUUAAGAAUUCCAAUUAUUUCUAAGGCUGUAAACGUAAUUUGUAGAAUGUCCGGCAAGGGAACAAUGGAACGUAUAAAACAAAAUGCCCAACUUGCUAAACAAACAAUAGAGGAAUUAAAAAAUGAACUGAAUAUAAUAAACAACGAAUAUAACACCCUGUUAAGCAGGCAGUUACAAGAAGAAAAUGCUAAGCUUUUAGCAGCUGUGGAAGAUGCGAAAAAAAAGUUAAUAAAAUUGGAGGUCCAGAAUGGAGUGAAACAAGUGCCAGUUCCAAAUCAAACUGUCAAUGUAUCAGCAGUUGAAGCCCCCCAAGCUGACAUAAAUAAGGAUGAACCUAAAGCCCCAGCUGAAGCACCCAAGCCCAAGAAAGAAAAGAAAGCACCAAAAGAACAAAAGGUUGCUGAAGAACUACCGAUAGAUGUGGGAAGAUUAGAUUUGCGCAUUGGUAAAAUAGAGGACAUUAAAAGGCAUCGUGAUGCAGAUACUUUGUAUGUGCUGCAAAUCAAUGUUGGUGAAGAAAAACCUAGGACUGUUUGUUCAGGAUUAGUUAAACAUAUUCCUAUGGAAGAACUUAGGGAUAAAACAGUGGUUGCCCUUUGUAAUUUAAAACCAGUUAAGAUGAGGGGAAUAACUUCAGAGGCUAUGGUCAUGUGUGCGAGCAGUGAAGCUGGAGUAGAAACCCUAAUACCCCCUGCAAACAGUGGACCAGGAGAUUUAGUUACUUGUGAAGGCUACACAAGACAGCCUGAUUCAGUGAUGAAUCCCAAAAAGAAGAUUUUCGAAACAGUUGCUCCAGAUUUACACACCAACGAUAAUCUAGAAGCUUGUUACAAAAAUAUUCCCUUCAAGGUAGAAGGCAAAGGAGUGUGUUACUCGAAAACAUUAAAAAAUGUACCAGUUAAAUAAAAGUCUGGAUAUAUUUUAAGUUUAUUUAAAGUGAAAUAAAAUUAUUAACUAUUAAUACA